AUGGCCGAUGUUGCAUUUCCCCUAACAACAACGAACCUUGAACAGGACUUGGCCAAGCAAGAAUGCAGCUGGCUUUGGGUCCUGUUCCUGGCUCGCCAGGCUUCUUGGCCCUUGCAAUCUAGCCAGGGGUUUCCUCUCAGCCGCAGUACGAUGUACAGCAAGCACGAACAUCACCGAGGAGAGAACCAGGAUACUAUCCCACAAUCCCACAAUGCUUAUGGCUGGACAACUGCUGGCAAUGAUGAUAGCCAACGGCCGGUUCCAGAAGAAAAGAUCGCCCAACGCACGCCGUUAAAUGCCUCUGGCAAGGCCUCGCCUCUAGCCUAG